ACACAUUUUGCCUUAUUAUUCUCUUUUAAUCACUGGAUAAAAUUUCCACCUAUCUCUUUGGCAGAUUAUCUAGAAUUUUGCAAAUACCCCCAGGGUCUUUUAAGCUUAUUUUUGCAGGAGUUACCAUAUUAUACCUGAUAAAAGUAUAUGCUAUAGAGUGGUACACAGAUGUAUAUUGCACGUGGGUGGUUUACUAUAAAGAACCUCGACAUGGACCAUGUAACAAUAACGUGCCAAUCUCUUUGAUUUAGGUUUCAGUGGUAUCAGAUAUGUCAUUCAUCUUCCGAAUAAGGAAAUUCACUGAUGAUAACUGCGCUUCUACAACAAAUUUAUUCAAAUAUGAUUUCUAGCUGGCAAGAGAACUGAAAAAUAAAUCGGUCAGAGCUGAAGAAGGCCUAACUAUAUCCCACAUAAAUUAUUUUCCUUUAAUGUAGCGUUCAUCUUCAAUAGUCAUUUCAAUACUUAUAAGAAACACAAAAGCCCUUUUUUCAUCAUAAAUGCACUUCUACAAUGAAUUAGUUCCCUCAAGUGUGAUUUUCAGCUGGCAAGAUAAUUGAAAAAUAAAUUAUUUAGAACUGAAGUAGAUUUGAUCGUCUCCCACAUCAAUUUAUUCUCUUUAAUGUGGCGUUCAUCUUAACAGUGACUUUAAUACUAAUGAGAAAUACGAAAGCCCUUUUUUCAAUUGAGGAAUAAAAUGUCAGUCUUCAUCACAGCUGGCCAAACAACACUGUUUGAGUCAAUUGAUUUUCGUUUUAUUCUACACGUCAUGUAUUCGAGUCUGAAUGUCUAAAAAAUCUUUAAAAAACUAAACUAUAUAUUAAACUGGUAUCCCCUACGUUGUAAACGCGUAUAAUUUUCCACCACUCAUUCAGGUUUGUCGUUACGUACCUCUAUAAGAGCCAAACUUUAAUUAAUUGUGCUAUUCAUGGUACAAAAACGAGUGUUCCCCCCUAUGUUCUCCUUGUAAUUCGUUAAUUAGUAAAACUACCUCAAGUUACACCCACAAUUUUAGUCCCACCCUUUUUGUACGAUACAAAUUUUUCAUUUCUUUGCCCCCAAGUGAGUACACUGCAUUCGCAUUGGCAAUGACAGGUGGGCGGAUUGGCGCAAAUAACAGACAUAAAAGUUGGAAGUUAAACUUUCAGCCGAGUUCCCACUUUAUUUCAUGCAGGUUUCAUUUUAUGGAAAACGACUCCGACUUAUGAUGCAAGCUGAUUGAGAAUAUUGGUCGUAUUUGUCUGAUCUUCAUAUAUUUGUUUUCAGCGGACAAUACCUAAUCAGAUAAGUACAAACUUAAAAUAAAAAAGCACCUUGAAAGGAGGAACAUGCACACAGAGAACUUUAUUACCAAAGUUGUCCAUUCUUCGUUGGUGCUGACAGCUUUGCUGGGCAAUCUUUUGGUUUGCUUCACCAUCUUGAAAAACAGGAUUUUAAGGACACCGGUGAAUUAUCUUCUAAUGAAUCUCGCCAUAAGUGAUAUGAUGAUCGUGAUAUCCUUCACUCCUAGGCAUAUACUUGGAGGACUAUACCAUCAUCCUCGAGGUUUGCAAGGAACCAUCUUAUGUAAAACAAUCACUUCUGAUACAUUCACCUGGGUUGGAGCGGUGUCUUCAGCGACAACUUUGGUAGUAUUAGCGUACGAGCGAUACGCUGCCAUUACUUUCCCUCUUGGAACACGAUCAAAGCUAAGCUGCAGAAAACUAAAGAUUUUAGUUGGCCUCGGUUGGUUUCUUUCCGUUAUCUUCAACAUCCCACUUUUCUAUGUCAGAAGUCUCAAUCAACAGCGUGGAAUUUGCGAAAGCCAUUGGCCAAAUGUGACAUUUGCAAAGGGUUACAAUAUCGCCUGGUUAAUUUUGAUUGGAAUAGCACCGUUCAGCUUAAUGGCAUUUUUCUACGGGAAAGUUAUACUGCAUUUGAGAGGAGAGAUAUUACCCAGACAACAUGGAUCAUUGGCCGCGAUGAAAUCGAGACGGAAAGUCACCAAAAUGCUUUUGACAAUAGCAAUAAUCUACGGAAUUUGCUUCAUUCCAAAUCUGAUUCUAUAUGUUGUGUGGUACUAUGUAUUAGAAGCAGAAAUAAUGUACACGAUAAAUGAGGUUCUUCUUGUUUUAAUAUUAGUAAAUUCGUGUGCAAAUCCCUUUGUUUAUGCCGCACAAAGUCAAAUAUUUCGAACAAGCAUGAAAAGCAUUGUAUGCCCGUGCAAGAAUUGGUCAAGAAAUCGAGUGAAUAUUUCUUUGCCUUUAACGAGGACACUGGAGACCUUAGAGAACGUGCAGUUCUAGUUGCGCAAAGGUUUUACGCAACUAGAUAACCAUGCAAAGAAAUUGGAAUUUAAAAUUUAGGAAGUUAAUUUUGGAGAAAUUUGAAGUUGAGACUCGUAGGUAAUUUAUUACUUCGAUCGUGGUAUACUACACUUGGUGGUUUGAUACCAAACGCGUGAAAUAUAUAAUAUAAAAUUAAGGACUGGAGAUGAAAAAACACAAUGUAAAUGCUCAGACAUUAACUGUAUUAUACCCACUGUUUGUUCAAUUCUUUAUUAAUUUUUUCAUUUCAUAUACGCUGAUUCUUUAAUGUAUACCUGCUAAAAUAUGUUGACUAUGGAUACGAACAGGUAAAAUAUAUUAGUUAUAUUAUUUGGACUCCAGCUAACUGUAUUAGUGGUCACUAGAUAGAGGGAAAUCUUCCUGCGCAAAAGUCGAUAAAAGAAGCGUAAAGUCCUUGAAUAUACACUAGAGAAACAAGGGCAACUAAGAAAGCCAACAGUUUCUCAACUGCAUCACGUUUAAAGCUAGUUCCUUUCAAAACUUUUGAAAUUUCUUAAGAUUUUCGCCGGAAAAUAGUAUAAGUUUAGUCCAUCAUGAGAUAGUGAGUUGGACCAGAUAAAUCAGAUAUAAUUAUUGUGCUUAUACAAAUAUAUAUCCAUAAAUUGAUCAGAAUUAAUGCCACUAAAAUAUGUCGACCUUCACAAGGUUAUACUCCUUACGUAGUGAAAGAAGAAACAACUGACCUGGCUUCAAAGAGAGAGUAGCAAAUAUUUAAUGAUGAUUAAAUAGUAUUUAAUGAUAAUUUGAGAUUUUGUUUUUCGCUAUGAUCACCUUAUCAGUCAAAAUUCAAUCAGCACUGGUGCAAAUUAAUGCCAUGCGUAGGCCUUAUAUCUUGCCAAAAACGGAGAGGAUUACUUCUGUUGACUGCUAAUCCUGAUCCCAAGUUAACCUAGGAAAAAAAUCAGAGGAAUUUUUAUACAGGAAACAAGGUAUGUUUCCAUGAGGCCAAUCAGAUUUGGAAGUUCAACAUCUGGAAACUUCUCAGGCUACUCAAUUGAAUCUCAUGUUGGUUUCUUCAAUUCGUGUAAUCAUAAUUCCCAUUUGACCUUCGACUUUUUAAUUCAAUUUAAAUUUGAAAUUUAAUUGAUUUUUCUUAAUUAAAAUUCA